AACAAGAUUCAACAGACCAGAGUAGCCAUUACUAGCAGUAGCAAGAUUAAACAAAAUUUAUAUUAAGAUGGUGUUUCUUACGGUAGUGAUAUUGGCAGUCGUUGUAAGUGUACUGUAUUAUUACUUCACAAGAACUUUCUCUUAUUGGAAGCACCGAAAUGUUACCGGACCGAAACCUUUACCAUUUUUUGGAAACAUGUAUAAAUCCACUUUGCGCUACGAAACAAUGGGUGUAGUUUUUAAAAACAUAUACGAAAGUUUCCCAAGAGAGAAAGUGGUGGGAAUAUUCAGGAUGACAACUCCAACGCUCAUGGUGCGAGACCUCGACAUUUUAAAGCAUAUAUUGGUAAAAGAUUUCGACAAUUUUGUGGAUCGAGGCUUGGAGUUCAGCAAAGAAGGGCUAGGACAAAACCUGUUUCACUCCGACGGAGAGACAUGGCGAGGACUAAGAAGUAGAUUUUCACCGAUAUUUACAAAUUCAAAGAUGAAGAAUAUGAUGUAUUUGCUCAACGAUCGAGCUGAUAAGUUCGUUGAUUACGUAAGUGAGACUAUAGCGACGACACCCGAGCAAGAUAUCCACGGAUUACUGCAAAAGUACACAAUGUCAACGAUAACCGGGUGCGCCUUCGGUUUGGAUAUAGACACCUUUCGUGGAGAUAUUCAAACUUUAAAAAGAGUCGAUAAGGAAAUGUUUGCCCCUAAUUAUGCUGUUGAGUUUGACAUGAUGUUCCCUGGUGUCCUUAAAAAGUUAAAUAUGUCCGCAUUCCCGGCGUACAUAGGGAAAUUUUUUAAAGAGCUUGUCGAAACUGUAACUACUCAAAGAAAUGGAAAGCCGUCAAAUAGGAAAGACUUUAUGGAUUUGAUAUUAGAAAUGAAGAAUAAAAAACAACUUGAAGUAGUCAAAAAGCACGGUGACGAAGAAACCAGUACGAUUGAUAUAACUAAUGGUGUAAUAGAAGCACAAGCCUUUGUAUUCUACGCUGCGGGUUACGAGACCUCAGCUUCGACCAUGGGUUUCAUGUUUUACCGGCUAGCAUUGGACACUAAAAUACAGGACAGAUUAAGAAAUGAGAUAGAUGAAUACCUUGAGAGACAUAGCAACAGAAUAGACCUGGACACUUUAAAUGAGCUACAAUAUUUAGAUCAAGUUUUUAGUGAAACUCUCAGGAUGUACCCGAUAGUGGAUACUUUACAAAGGAAGGCUGAAAACGAUUACAAAUUACCAGGUAUUGAGGCUACAAUAGCUAAAGAUCAAGUUGUGAUCGUAUCUGUUUCGGGUAUUCACCAUGAUGAGAAGUACUAUCCAGAACCAGAGAAGUUUGAUCCCGAUAGGUUUUCUCCAGAAAACGUAGCUGCCAGGCAUUCCUUUGCAUAUUUGCCCUUUGGCCUUGGACCGCGACAUUGCAUUGGAAUGCGCUUUGCACGCGUGCAGUCUUGGGUGUGCAUAAUCAGAUUGCUCUCAAAGUUCCGCCUUGAAGCCGGCAAGAAUACCGUUCGCUCCUUUUCUAACAACCCAUAUCGGCUAGUGAUCGCUCCUAACAAGACCCUAUACGUGAAUGUUUACCCGCGGUAGGAGCUGUAGAAAUCAAUUGUAAAACUAUUAGGGCCACUUGCACCAUCCCACUAGU